CAGUACAUAUACGUAAUAAAACGUACCCCGAACGUUUACAGGAGUAUACUAUAUAUAUAAGUGGCCUCCACACCGAUAGAUACAGAUUAGUUGUGUAUUGUGUGAAUAGCAACUGUACGCCUAAGUUAUAACAUUACUUUGUUGAGUAGUUUUGACAGGACUAAACUGAAAUAUUUCUUUGUAUAUUUUCUGUGUUGAACUAUCCACUAAAAGGUCCAUUUGACUUCACACUGACUUCCCUUUUGAAUUUCCUUGAUUCUGGCCCCCUAGCAUCACCGACGAGUCCUAGAAUGACGAACACGCUUGUGUACAGCCCUUACAGUGUAAUGUUUAGCAAUGUCUUAAUUAUUUGUUAGAUAUAAACUGGCAUAGAUAAUUUGAUGAUUAAUAUGUGGCGCGUUCAUACAGCCUUCAGGUAUCUCAAUUUGAAUAUAUAUAUAUAGGUACACUGUACAGUGUAGAUCCAAUGAACGGUAAAUAUUUACAAACCAUCAAUAGAGACUAUGCAGUAUACGUAGUGUUACAUAUUAUUAUGUGAAUCUCCCAAUAAUUGACAUGCAUUAUAGUUGUCAAAUCACUUCGGUAUGUUAUAAAUACAAUGUACAUGAUAUCAAGGAUUUUACUGUAGCAGUAGUUAAAACAUAAAACAUUGAAUGGAACAAUUACCGUAGUUUUUAGUCUUUCGAUUAUUUUUAUAGGGCUUAAACAAGAAGAGGUGGAUGCCAUACGAAGAAAAUUAUCUGACCUUAUGUGGUACGAGGGAUAUACUACACGCAAUUACUGCAUAUAGAGAAGAUAAAGUCUGACAAUGGUAUCUCUGGAAAUACAUAUCGAUGGCAGUGGUUCACCCAAGAAAAUAUCCUGCAACACUGUUAGAUCACCAAAACUAGUAAUUCGCGGCGCUAGUAAAUCACCACGGCGGAGGAGUCGUAGCGCUAGUAAAUCACCACGGCGGAGGAGUCGUAGUGUUAGUAAAUCACCACGGCGGAGGAGUCGUAGCGCUAGCAAAUCACCACGGCGGAGGAGUCGUAGCACUAGCAAAUCACCACGGCGGAGGAGUCGUAGCGCUAGUAAAUCACCACGGCGGAGGAGUCGUAGUGUUAGUAAAUCACCACGGCGGAGGAGUCGUAGUGUUAGCAAAUCACCACGGCGGAGGAGUCGUAGUGUUAGCAAAUCACCACGGCGGAGGAGUCGUAGCACUAGCAAAUCACCAUGGCGGAGGAGUCGUAGCACUAGCAAAUCACCACGGCGGAGGAGUCGUAGCGCUAGUAAAUCACCACGGCGGAGGAGUCGUAGUGUUAGCAAAUCACCACGGCGGAGGAGUCGUAGUGUUAGCAAAUCACCACGGCGGAGGAGUCGUAGCACUAGCAAAUCACCACGGCGGAGGAGUCGAAGUUUGACUAGAUCACCUGGACGAAGACAUGGAUAUACGAGCAGAUCUCGAAUACGUUUCUGCAAUAGAGGAAGAGGCUAUAGACACCCCCGCCAGAACUUUUCAUUUCAAGGAAGAAGAAACUAUUAUUGGAACAGGGAACGUAGUACUAGUAGAUCGCCUCAUCGACAUAGGGUUUAUAGUAGAAGCAGUUCUUAUCGACGAUCAAGAAGUAGAAGUGGGUCAUAUUCUCGAAGAAGUUGCAGUGUAUCACCACGACGACGUUGUCGUAGUAGAAGUUGCAGUGUAUCACCAUUGCGACGUUGUGGUAGAAGAAGUUGGUCAAAUCAUCGAAGAGGUUGCACUAUAUCACCAUCGCGACGUUGUGGUAGAAGAAGUUGGUCAAAUCAUCGAAGAAGUUGCAGUGUAUCGCCAUUACGGCGGUGUCGAAGUAGAAGCAGGUCGUGUCUUCGAAGGCACAGGAGUAGGAGUUGGUCAAGUUGCUCGCUUGAUCGAAGAAGUUGCAGCACAUCACCCUGGAGAAGUAGUAUGUCUUCUCUUUCAAGUAGUUGCAGUACCCCACCUGAGCGAUGUUGUUGUGUGAGUAUCAGAACGGAGAGGCGGUGGCGUACGUUUGAUGGCCGCGAAUCUGUAGAAACUGAUGUUACAUGGGAUCGAAGAGGUUGUCCUUACCAUUGCACCAACCUUAGAUGACACUCGUUUGCAUAUACAUUUGUAUCACUUAGAGUGAACUAAAUAUCAGAUGCAAGACGGAAUUGUUCACGUGAUCAUUUCUUAAAAUUUUCUUAUUAUACAAAAUGUACUUGUCAUGUCUGAAUAGCCAUACUCCAAUGCAGAUACUCGUAUAUUACAUGUACUCAUACAAAUACAAAUAAAAUGACAAGCAGAAAUAAAUAAUUUAAAACAACGUAAUCAGUUGUAAAAUUACUGUAAUAUGAUUUAUUGUAACAAGAGGCCAAACCGGCUUGUAUUUCUCACCUGGUAUCAAAUACUGUUCGCAGAGAUCUUAACUGUUUAUAUCGGUCAAAGUUAUUUAUGCUAGCAAUGUUUCUGCCUUUUAGGAAAAGAGUCGUCUUAUCCAGGUUUUGUCAAUCUGUGCUGUACUAUAUACUGUGCGUCAAAUAUAUACAUGAAUGCAUUUGUAUAACUGUACUAAGUGCAUUAUCAAUAAAAUGUUAU